AUGCGUGAAGAUGUGAAAAACGCAACCUUCCUCCGGGAUCAGCUUCUGGCCGGAAAUUCCGAAUUUGAAUACGCUUUUAUUGAUGCGAAUACUAUAAUAUCGAAAGUCCACGCCCUUGCAGCUGCUCACCAGGCCAUCCACAAUCUCCUCGUGGCAGGGAAAUUGCGCACUAGAAAUGUCCAUUCGGAGACCGUAUUCUGUCUCAGCCCAAACAACAAUAUCACAGAUGCUUUUAAACGAUUUGGGAUAUUACCUACUACCACCUCCCUCUUGUGCAUUAAGUUUUCUACACUCUCUGCACCCGUUACUCUGGAAUCCAUAAAAUCACACCUAGAAAGGUCCGUGGAGGGAACAGCUGUGGAGUUCACGGACGAGAAUUUACUGCAGGAAACGGUGGUGGAUUGGGCCAAAGUGGCGAAGAACUACAAGAUCAAUAGAAGUGUUGGGAAAGCUAGUAGUAAGGACUACCGGAUGACCAAUCACUUUGUAUAUUAUAUGAAGAAGGUCGAAUAUCUCCACCAUGGCGUGCCUUAG